AUGCUGAGAUUAGCAGGUCUUGAAACAUACCCCGAGGGUUUUGCAAGGGAGCCCACAGCUGCACUAGCAAACUGGUACGAGGGCGAGGCAAGCCCUGAGAAGUACUCUUGGUUCCUAGUGUUCGACCUCGGGGGAGGCACCCUGGACAUCUCCAUUGUGUACCAACAGGGGAAGUACAACCUGACCGUGGCAGGGAAGAAGGGCGACAUGUUUCUUGGGGGAGAGGAUUUCGACGAUGCCAUGCGAAAGCUGGUUCUAGACUCCUUCAAGAGGGACCACCCCAGUGCUUUGGAACCGUCGGCUGCAAAGGCUGCCGAGCUGCAGAGGGCCUGCAAAGUGGCCAAGGAAACAUUUCAGGAGGACCCUGAUUUGCAAGUCCAGACGAUCACUGUCGCAUCAUUCUGCCGUUCACCUACGGGGGAGGAUGUGACUUUGGACGUGAACGUCUCGAGGGAAGCCUACGAUGAGGCGCUGUCUGGACUGCUGGAGGCGUGUAUGCGCACAGUGGACGAGGCCAUCAAGAUCACGGGGGAGGCAACCAUGGCAGGUUCUGACGUGCGCUCGGAGUGUCCACCGUUCGACCGGAGCAAAUUGGACAAGGGGCGACAGUUUGGGCGAAAAUAUAAGUGUAAGCAAGUGAUGUGCAGCAGUAAUGUGUUACAGGUCCUCAUGGUGGGUGGAUCCAGCAAGAUGUUGCUGGUCCAAUCCAGUCUGCGGAAGGUUUUUGGAGAGAAGGUGGAGGUCUUGGACAGACCAGAGGAGGCCGUUGCGAGGGGAGCAGCUCUGAUGGCAUCCAUCUCGGAAGCCAGACAGUCGGGACAGAAUGAGCACGGCGUGUACGCGAUGAGCAUCGCGGAGUCGCUUCCGAUCGGCAUCGGGUUUAGAGUCCAUGAUGUCACGACUGAGAGAUACCGCAUGGAGAUCGUUCUGCCAGCUGGGACACCUUUCGGACGGACGAAGAGCAAAGACAACUGCUAUGUCAUGGGAACGAGCUUCGUCCUUACAGUCCUUCAGGGCAACCGUGAUGACUACGACGGCCUUGCUGAGUGCAUUGUGGUGCAGCAGUUCCGGAUCGAGAGGCCCAAGUGGAAGAGCGGGGGGAAGAAAAUAUUCCUGCACAUCGAGUUCCACGUCAUGGUGGACGGCAGUCUGAGAGUCAGGAUCGAGCCUCCCAACAAGGAAGACGCGUGA